GUAAACAGAGGGUUAGUAACUGAGUUAGUUAAACAUGGGGGUAGUUAAUACGUUAGUUAAACAAUGGGUUAACUGUUACUAGUAACUGAGUUUGUUAAACAUGGGGGUAGUAAAUAUGUUAGUUAAACAGGGGGUUAGUAAACAGGUGGUUGCUAGGCUAUGCUUGGAGACGCUGAAGGCGGCGCGCGCGCUGAAGUCUCGCGGUGUUUCCUCGCGGGGUGUGAGCGGUCAGCUGACUGUAGUGUGAGAGUGGGAGAGUCGCUGCUGGUCAGUUCAGUGUGUUUCAGUGGAAAUGAGGCUUAAAACAAGAACCAAAACUCCGUUAUAAAGGUGGACCCUCACCUCCAGACCCCAUGGAGCACAUUAUAACACCGAAGGUGGAGUAUGUGAAGCUGCUGGACAGAUACACCUCAAAAAAGGCGGUUACUGGCACAUUAUACCUGACCGCCACCCACCUCAUUUACGUAGAACCAGCCAACAACAACCGCAAGGAAACAUGGGUUUUGCAUCAUCACAUAUCCGCCAUAGAGAAACUUCCUCUGACAGCUUCCGGGUGUCCACUUCUGAUUCACUGCAAAACCUUCCAGCUCCUCCACCUGUUGCUGCCCAGGGAGAGAGAAGCUCAGGAGGUGCAUCAGUCUCUCCUGCGCCUGUCCCAACCAGUGAAGGUGGAAGAGCUCUAUGCGUUUCUCUAUAACCCCAAACAAAGUGAUGCUGAGCGUCUUGACGGAUGGAGCCUCAUUGACAUAGUAACAGACUUCAACAGGAUGGGUCUGCCCAAUGAACUCUGGGAUAUCAGUCACAUCAACAGCGAAUAUGAGCUCUGUAGUACAUAUCCAUCAGUGCUUGGUCUGCCCAAAUCUGCCAGUGUUGCUACGGUAACGGGUAGCGCCAAGUUUAGGAGCCGUGGCCGACUGCCUGCUCUCUCCUACUACCACAAAGACACCAAGGCAGCCAUCUGCCGCUGUAGCCAGCCGCUGUCAGGUUUGAGUUCACGGUGCAUCGAAGAUGAGCAAAUGCUGCAGGCUAUCAGUGAAGCCAACCCCAACUGCCCAUUCAUUUAUGUAGUAGACACACGGCCUAAGCUGAAUGCCAUGGCUAAUCGUGCGGCAGGUAAAGGCUAUGAGAAUGAGGGGAACUACUCCAACAUCAGGUUUCAGUUCCAGGGCAUUGAGAACAUCCAUGUAAUGAGGAGCAGUCUACAAAAACUACUGGAGUUGUGUGCUCAGAAGUCUCCCUCUAUGAGCGAUUACCUAACAGGACUGGAAAACUCCGGCUGGCUAAGACACAUUAAAGCUGUGAUGGACGCAGGCGUCUUUCUGGCCAAGGCAGUAGGUGAUGAAGGUGCAAGUGUAUUGGUACAUUGUUCUGACGGCUGGGACCGGACUGCUCAGGUUUGCUCUCUUGCCUGCAUCCUGUUGGAUCCAUACUACAGAACCAUCAAAGGGCUCAUGGUGCUGAUUGAAAAAGAGUGGAUUUCUUUUGGACACAAGUUCAGUCACAGGUGUGGUCUCCUAGAAGGUGAUCCUAAGGAGGUUUCCCCUGUUUUCACUCAGUUUGUGGAGUGUGUGUGGCAGCUAUCAGAGCAGUUCCCGUGUGCCUUUCAAUUUAAUGAACGUUACCUGCUGACUAUUCAUGAUCACGUCUAUGCCUGUCAGUAUGGAAACUUCAUUGGAAACUGCCAGAAAGAGAGACAAGACAUGAGACUGAGGGAGAGGACGUUUUCUCUGUGGCCGUUUUUACUACAGUGUCAGGACGAGUUCCGCAACCCGCUGUACAAACGCUCCACACACAACAGCCUCCUCAGGCCCAGCACAUUACCGCUGCACUUCAAAUUUUGGUGUGGCAUGUAUAACCGCUAUGAUAAGGGAAUGCAGCCUAAGCAGUCUGUUCUGGACACACUCCUCACACUCACUCUCAAACAGACACAGGAGGAGAGGACGAUGACUGAACUACAAAGACUUGCUGUCGCUGAUGGAGUCCUCCCACAUCCAGACGAACCAAUUGACUCUUCUUCAGAUCACAAUGGUUCACCUAAAGCCCUGCCCACAACUUCUUUGGACCAACCAAAUGGAGACUGCGUGUCUUUGACAAAUGGCGCUGGAGAAGAGGAGGAGUCGGCCAAUCGGGAGGCGGAAGCGGAAGAUGAUCUUAGGGCUGCAAAGGACAAACCUGUUUCUAUGGUAACCCAGAUUCUCAAAGAGGAGGUGCAGGAAUCCUCUUGAAUCUCCAUAGUAACAAAAACAGGUUUCGGACCAGAACUCAAAAGGGAUUAAAAAAACAAACCCUGCCAAAAUUCAGACCAACCCAACACACUUCUGAAGGGAUUCCCAGGCCAAUGUUGAUAUCGGAGAAAGUUUGUUUUCUGCCAAAGAACACCCUAAAACAAACAAACAAUGUCAUUUUAGUGUUUAUAUUUUUGCCUUUUUGAACGAUGUAAAUAGGAUUCUGGUAUCAGGGAAAGUGCAGCAGGGUUGCUGUAAGUGCUUCUUGUUGAUAUUAUCAGAAAUUUGAGAAAGGGAAGCUUUUAUUUUUUUACUCUACAGAGUGCAAAAGCAAGGGCUUAACGAUCAAACAGAAUUGAACAGAAUCUUGUAAUGACUUAGAAAACUGCAAAAGACUGUUUACUGCCUUCAUUCACUGCUUUACUGAUAAAAUCUGCUCAUACCCUGUAUAACAUUUUUACAAAUACCAAAUUCAGGGGGCUGGAAAGUCUGAUGUCAGCCAGCAUAAUUUUAUAUGUAUAUUUUAGAUUUCAAUUUACUUUAAUAUUGAAUCACUGUUUACUGACCAAUCUGGCUGCAAAAACAUCAUUUAAAACUUAAAUAAUCAACACAAACUAUUAGAAUUAAAUGAUAUAAAGACUGGUGCAGCUGCGCACUGUAAACCCUCUGGUUUCUUACCAAGUGUUGGAGGAACAAGGAUGUUUAAAUAACUCCAACACACUAUCAGUGUUUAUUGAGUGUAUUUUUGCAAUUGAACUAGAAGCAAAAAAAACAUCCACCCUUUUAUGCUUAGCUGUUAGUUCCUUUACUGGCAGGGGUUAGAAAAUUCACUACCAUUAGUAUUAACUAUUAAAUAUCUGUUUUUCAUACACCAUAAUGAAUAGGAUAAAAUUUUAUAAAAAUAGGUACUUUUUGGUUGUCAUGUGGCAACAUUAUUUGCCACUGCCACUUAACCAGUACCCUGAAUAAUAGACCAUUUUCUUUAUUCAGGAUUGAUAACCCAUGUAUGCCUCAUAACUUGUAUUACUAGUCAGUAACUGUGUGCAAAGCAGUGCAGACUGGCUAAUAGUGGGAUGCCAGGAAGUACUGGUGGUCCCAAACUGAGGUUAAAAAAACUUGUAUUAGUAUAAUUUAUUCAUUAUUCAAGAACACUGAAAGGGGUUAGGGUACUGAAAAGCUGUAAAAUAACUAGACAGUGCAGUUCUUUGUGUUUUUACCCAUUUAAAAAAAAAUUAAUGUAGUAAGGCACAAAAUGCAAGAUAGCAUUUGUUGUCUUUUUUUACAGUAAAGUGUUGACACAUCAUGUAACACAGGGCAUUUUCUUGUCAACACAGCAUUUCCCACUCAUUAAAUGCAACUGUUGUCUUGCUGAACUUCAUUUCUGGUUCUAUUGUAGGGCCAUGUUUACCAACUCCCUAGACUCCAGAGCUAUUUUAAAUGCACCAAAAAUAUACUAGACAGAGAGAACACAAACUAAAAUAAAACAAUUGUACUACACAAAUUAUACUCAGACCUCCAAGCCAGAUUUUGAUUUUGUUCUAAGCACUGGAGCAGAGCCACCAAGAGCCUAUGUGGUUUGGUUGCUGUUAAUUAGCACUUCUAUUUUUUAUAUGCAAAGCUAAAAAUUAUCCAAAAAGGGGUAGUAAUUCUACUGAUGCUGCAGCCAAAAACAGUAAAACAAAAUCCUGCCAGUAGUGAUAAACAUUUGGAUUGUCAAUUUUAGACCAAAUAUCAGGCCCUAAUAUCAGUUUGUUUUGAGCCAUUGCUGUUUUUCUUAUAUGUUUUAUUUUUUAAAGCUGCAUUUUUUAUUAAUCAUUUUUUAAUACAUAUUUACUAUGAAAGGGAAAAUUAGUGUGUUAUAUUUUAAGCAAUACAUUUGCCAGAUUACUUCUGAUGUUUAAAAGUUGCACAAAAGGCUUGAGAGGGAAAACCCUGUAUGUGAUCACUCUAUUUGCACUUUUUAAUUAUUACUGUUUGUUUAUUCUCACAUUUAUUUUACAAAGGGAACAGCUGAUAAAUGCAAUUAAUCUCUUUACUGUAUUUGAGCCAAAAGGAGAAAAAGGAAUUUUAAAACUGCAAUAAGCAUCUUUAUUAGUAUAGGAGCCGCACCAUGAGAGACUGUAACACACACCUCAGUUUAUUUUACAAUGCCUACAUUUAGCAUUUAAAGCCUGCCUAGUACUGAGUAGGUUCCCCUAUUGCUAGCAAUAGCCAUAGCCAGCAAUGUUAUGCACUUGUCCUGUUAAUGGUUAAUGGAGUGUUUUGAGAAUGCACUCAGUCCAAACAGUUGUUUAUUUGACCAAAAAAUAUAAAUUUUAUAUGAUCAAUAAUUCCCGAAAGCAUGUACAGAAUGUUAUUCACUGUAGGUGUAGUUGUUGGAUGAGGCAUGCCUUGCAUAUUUUGUAAACGAGGGGGUGGGGUUGGCUUUGAAAAAAUGGAAUUGAUUAAUUCGUUUUUAAAGCAAUAGAUGAAAAAAAAAUGUGUUUAAUUUCUGCUUAUUUAGUUAUUUUUUUUUCAGGUGAUGUGUUUCGUUUUGAAAUGCAAAAAUUUAUACUUUUAUAUUUUUUACUUCAAUUGUUGUUUUUGUUUAUUUACUCUUGGUAUUGUCAGUUCGUAUUUUAAUACACUUUUCAUAUAUUUUUAUCAGAUAAUGUUUCUUGGCUUUAAAAAUUCUUUUGGCAUUUUUUUUAUGUAUGUCCAUGUAUUUCCAAGUUGCACACUGUUUAAUUUGUUGGUUGCACUGUUUUUUUUAAUGUUUUUAUAUUUGCAUUCAUUUGUUUUGUCAUCGAAUAAAUUCAGCGUUUAAAAAAAGCAUGAAAA